CCUCCUUCGACUUUUUCAUACUUUUGACUCUCCAUCUUAUCUCAACCCGGUCAAACUGGCCAUUAGAUUCCAAUAGUUGCGCUUAUGCGUGUCUCUCCGUCCGUCUUCACUUCUCAGGUAUGAUACGAUCCGUUCCCUAAAUUUCCCGCUGGAUGAGUCUCUUAUCUACGCUCUAUGAUCCUGACCCAUCCACUUUCAACAUCGCCUCAACCUUUCAAAUUUUUGCCAUUGACAACCCCUUUGCAUCGACUAUGGAGUAAUAGAAGGCUAAUUGAGUUUCUGUUAUAGGAUUACAUCUCGGAUCACCUGUGGAAGGCUUCAAAUAACUAAAAGACGAUAUAUCCUUCGUUGAACAAACCUAUACCCACACACAACACCCUCAUUAUCAUUAUCGACAUCAUGAUUUCGAAUAUCAUGAAGCCUUCCACGGUGCGACCCGUCAUGGCCGCUGGUGCCCGAGCAUUCCGUAUGCCAGCCCCAGUCCGAUUCAUGGCCACGGUCCAGGGCAACACGGAGCGAAAGAUGCCAGCAGUGAGGCCGAAAGGCACGCCGGCAUCGUUUGAACGAGCGACCUUCACCAUUAGGGAUGGGCCGAUCUUCGACGGCAAGUCGUUCGGUGCGAAGGCCAACAUCUCCGGUGAAGCGGUGUUCACCACCUCGCUCGUGGGAUACCCCGAAUCGAUGUCCGAUCCUUCAUACCGUGGACAGAUCCUCGUGUUCACCCAGCCGCUGAUCGGGAACUACGGCGUCCCCUCAUCGGUUCGCGAUGAGUAUGGCCUGCUCCGUCACUUCGAGUCGCCUAACAUUCAAGCCGCCGGCGUGGUGGUCGCGGACGUGGCGCUGAAGCAUAGCCAUUGGACGGCGGUAGAGGGACUCAGCGAGUGGUGUGCGCGCGAAGGCGUCCCCGCCAUUUCCGGCGUGGACACCCGCGCCAUUGUCACGUACCUCCGCGAGCAGGGGUCCUCCCUCGCCCGCAUCACCAUUGGAGAGGAGUACGACGCCGACGAGGACGAGGCCUUCAUCGACCCGGAAGCCAUCAACCUCGUCCGCCGCGUCAGCACCAAGGCGCCCUUCCACGUCAGCGCCCCCAGUGGCGACCUACAUGUCGCGCUGCUCGACUGCGGCGUCAAGGAGAACAUCCUCCGCAGCCUCGUCAGCCGCGGCGCUAGCGUUACCUGUUUCCCCUACGACUAUCCGAUCCACAAGGUCGCCCACCACUUCGACGGCGUCUUCAUCUCCAACGGCCCCGGCGAUCCCACCCACUGCCAGGAAACCGUCUACCAUCUCCGCAAGCUCAUGGACUCUUCCCAGAUCCCCAUCAUGGGCAUCUGCAUGGGCCACCAGCUCCUCGCCCUCGCCGCUGGCGGCAAGACCAUCAAGCUGAAAUACGGCAACCGCGCCCACAACAUCCCCGCCCUCGACCUCACCACCGGCCGCUGCCACAUCACCUCGCAGAACCACGGCUACGCCGUCGACAUGACCACCCUCCCAGCCGAGUGGAAGGAGUACUUCGUCAACCUCAACGACUCGAGCAACGAGGGGCUCAUCCACACCUCGCGACCCAUCUUCUCCGCGCAAUUCCACCCCGAGGCGAAGGGUGGCCCGCUCGACUCCGCAUAUCUGUUCGAUCAGUACGUCGAGAACGUGCGGAAAUAUAAGGAUGGUCAGGCGGUGUUCACACCGUUGCGGGAUAGUCGGCCCAGUCCGUUGUUGGUGGAUUUGUUGGCGAAGGAGCGCGUGGGCGUGCAUCCGAGUUUGCCGGAUGUGAAGGAGCAGGUGGUAGAGGAGGCACCGGCGGUCACGGCGACGGCGUGAGGGAUGUUAUCAGGUUGGGACGAUCAUUGGAGGCGUAUAACGAGAUAGUAGGCGUUUUGAGCUUUAAACUCGCUAGCGGA